ACUCUGGAAAAAUCACACUAUUUCCAAUGGUUAUGCUUCCAGGUAACAAGGCUGAAGGACUUAAAAAACAAUGCGAUAACAAAGUCCAGUUUCUGGAACAUGGAGAAACUACAAGUUAUCAGAAGAGCCAAGAGGAAACCAAGGAAGCAGAGUGUUAUGAAUCCUUGUUUCCAACACACACAAAAGAGCCAAAUGGCAUUUCACUGGAGGAAGACAAGCUAGAAAUAGAGAUCAUGUUAAAGAGCGACUCUGAAAUACUAAAAGAAGAGGAAUCCCCAGUGAAGAAGAGCGAUGCCAGAGUCCCGAGAGAACAGAAUGCCCAAGAAAAUGCUAAGGUGGCAUUACGAAAAGAACAGGAAUCCCCAGUGAAGAGGGGUGAGGUGGAAAUUCCAAAAGGAAAGGAACGCAAAGUCAGGCAAAGUGAGGUCGAAGUUCCAAAAGAACCUGAAGUCCAAGAAAAGAGGGAAGUGUUCGUACCAAAAAGACAGGAACCCUUCAUAAAUAAGAGUGAGGUAACAGUACCAAAAAGACAGGAAUCGCAAGAAAAGAAUGAGAUGGCAGCAGACAAACAAGCUGAAGCCCCAGAGAGGAAGAUCGAGGCAGGAGAACCGAAAGGACAGGAGUCACGAAUAAAGCCGAGUGAAGCGUCCAUACCAAAAAGACUGGACUCCCAGAGGAGUGUGAUGGGCACGUCCAAGCGAGCCGAGGCCCCAGAGAGGAAGAUCGAGGCAGGAGAGCCAACAGGACAGGAGUCCCAAAUAAAGCCCAGUGAAGUAUUCAUACCAAAAGGACAGGACUCCCAGAGGGGUGUGAUGGGCACGUCCAAGCGAGCCGAGGCCCCAGAGAGGAAGAUCGAGGCAGGAGAACCUAAAGGACAGGAGUCCCGAAUAAGGAAAAGUGAAGUCGGACUACCAAAAAGACAGGAAUCCUAUGCAAGAGUGACUAAAGAACCUGAAGCCCAAGAGAAGAAAAAUGAGGCACUAGCACUGAAAGGACCGGAAACUCAAGGGAAGAAGAGUGAGGCGUUAGGACCAAAAGGACCAGAAACCCAAGCCAAGAAGAGUGAGGCGUUAGGACCAAAAGGACCAGAAACCCAAGCGAAGAAGAGUGAGGCAUUAGUACCAAAAGGACCAGAAACCCAAGCCAAGAAGAGUGAGGCGUUAGGACCAAAAGGACCGGAAAUCCAAGGGAAGACGAAUGAGGCAGAAGCUCGUGAAGGACAGGAAUCCCAAGAAAAGAAAAAUGAGACAGGAGUACCAAACAAACAAGAGGCCCAAACAGGGGAAAAGAUGUCAAGGAAUAAGGGAAAGGAAGGCCAGAGAAAUGAGGGAGGUGCACUGAUGGAUCAAAAUAAUGGCCAGUUGAUGAAGGCGAAGGUAACAAAGAAAAAGAUACUGUUAAGGAACUAG